GUUAUAUACCGAUUGGGUAUACACGCAUCAAAGGAGCAAUGGCAGAGAUCCAACCUCCGCCGCCGCUCCCACAGCCGUUUACUUACUGUGACCCCGCCAAAACGCCAGUCUUGCUCGCACAAGGUGCAGAAGCCCGUCUUUACAAAACCUAUUUCUUGGACCCUUCUAUUCCUGCAGCAUUAAAAGUACGCCCAUUGAAGCCGUAUCGUCAUCCUAUCCUGGAUCGCCGGCUAACCCGCCAACGAAUUCUACAAGAAGCAAGAUGCAUGACCAAGUUAGUCAGAGAUGGUGUUCCCGUGCCUGGGAUAUUGGCGGCAGACUGGGGUCAGAGUUCUGAUCUGGACUCCGAACGAAAGGGAGAGAGCAGUGCUAAUAAUGGCGGUUGGCUGCUUAUGGAGUGGAUAGAUGGCGAAGUAGUCAGGCAAGUCGUGAAUAGCUGGGAGAGAUGGAUGAAGUCCAGCGAGGCACUAGAGGAGCGGGAACCGGCUGAUACGGAUAUGAGCUCAAAGAUGGAGGCCAUAAAGAAAAGUGAGGAGAAGGUUUGUGCCCUUCUCCGAAAGAUAGGAAGCGCCGUCGGGAUGCUACAUAAGACUGGAAUCAUACAUGGCGACUUGACAACCAGUAAUCUCAUGCUACGGCGAGACGAUGGUGCGUCAACUGAAACAGUGUCCCAAGAGGCGGAUACCAAGAAAAUGGAACCAGGAACAGAGCCACCUUCCUUGGAUGGAGAAAUCGUUCUUAUUGAUUUUGGGCUUGCGAGCCAGAGCAUCCAAGAUGAAGAUAGAGCAGUGGACUUGUACGUUCUCGAACGGGCAUUCGCCAGUUCCCAUCCCAGGACUGAGGGGUUAUUCAAGGAAGUUCUUGAGGGGUAUGGAGAUAGUUUCAAGGGUGCCAAACAGGUCCUGAAGAGACUGGAGGAAGUCCGCAUGAGAGGAAGGAAGAGGAGCAUGAUCGGAUAAGUAUAAGCUCUUACAGAGGAAGCUAGUGCAUUUCGAUACUUACAGGAAUCUAAAGUCAAGCAAAAGAAGUAUACAUACUGGCGUCAUACGCUUUGGGUAUUCUGCGGAUUUAUCGUCUAUUAGUGCAUCUAGGCGCUGAAUAACGCUUA